AUGAGUCCCAACACCAGAUCCCAUGCUGAUUACAACGUCGGAUGGGUCUGCGCGCUGCCACAAGAGCAAACUGCAGCUAUGGCCAUGCUAGAUGAGAGGCAUGAAAGUCUAUCUAAGCCUCCUACUGAUACCAAUGCCUAUACACUUGGCUCUAUAGCAGCCACUGUGGCUACACAAAUGGUUCAAACAUUUCCAUCCAUCAAAAUCGGUCUCCUGGUCGGCAUAGGAGGAGGAAUCCCGCCAAAGGUGAGACUGGGCGAUGUAGUUGUGAGCACUCCAGAUGGUCAGUUUCCUGGAGUUGUUCAGUGGGAUCUCGGCAAGUCAACUGAAGGGGGAAAGUUUACAAGGACUGGUUCUCUCAACAAUCCACCCAGCUCAUUAUUAUCAGCACUGGGCAAACUAGAAUCGAAACACGAACUAGAGGGUUCAAAGAUCCCGGAUUUUCUUGACCAAUUCGGAGAAAAAUAUCCACUAGCCGCAAAGACAUAUCUGUUUUCCACUUCACUUAAGGAUGUAUUGUUCAAAUCAGUCUAUCUACAUGUCAGAGAAAGCUGCGAUUCAUGCGACCCAUCCCAAAUCAUGCAAAGAAAAGGUCGGCCUAUGCGCAUUCAUUACGGUCUUAUAGCAUCUAGCAAUACGACAAUCGAGGAUGCAGAAUUACGGGACAGGCUACACAAGGAGCUGGGCAAGAAACUAUUUUGCGUUGAAACGGAGGCUGCCGGACUGAUGAACAGUUUUCCAUGUAUUGUGAUACGAGGUAUCUGUGACUAUGUGGACUCCCACAAGAACAAAACAUGGCAGAAAUACGCGGCUGUAGUAGCAGCGGCAUUCGCAAAGGAGCUUUUGGGUUGCGUUCAGUCAAGUGAUGUUGAAGGAGAGCGGCCCAUAAUAGAUAUAUUGAACGAGGUCAAGGAUGAACUGUAUCAAAUAAGUCGACAUGUUAAAGCCGGUUUUGGAGAGACCAAGAAAGGCCUCGAUAGCCUUAUCGGGGAUCAAAAACUUCAAAAAGAAAACGAAGCUCUGGCAUGGCUGAGUUCUAUUGACUCUACGUCUAUGCAUCAUGACUACAUCAAGAAAUGCGAACCUGGAACAGGGCAAGACCUCUUAAAUUCUGAAGAACUUCAGCAAUGGAAAAACAUUUCACGAACGACGUUAUUCUGUCCCGGCAUUCCUGGUGCCGGAAAGACCUUUCAGACAGCUAUCCUAAUAGACUAUUUGAGCCGUGAAUUUCGGCACGAUGAUACGAUUGGCCUUGCUUUCUUCUAUUACCGGUUCGACCGCCAAGACGCACAGAAGCCAGAGCAGCUCAUUGCAAAUCUCAUCAAGCAGUUGGGCCAAGAUCACCAGGCUUCUCGAGAAAGGAUACAAAGUUUUUAUGAAGAUCAUAAGAAGAAAGGUAGUCAGCCGCUGAUUGAAGAGCUCGUCCAUCUGCUCCAGGUCAUAACAUCAUUGCUCUCGAGAGCCUACGUUAUUAUUGAUGCUCUGGAUGAAUGUGGCGAUAAUGAUUAUAGCCGCACAAGAUUGCUUGAUAGCCUAUUUGCUGCACAAAAGAAAGGGCUUAAUAUUUGCGCUACAUCUCGAAAGGUUCACGCCAUUGAACAGAGAUUUGAGGGCGCCAUAAAGUGGCAGGUCAUUCCCAGCGAAAAUGACAUUUUUUCGUUCCUUGAUAGACGCAUGGCCCAGCUGCCCGAUUUUGUGCAAAGCAACGUACCUUUACAAGAGGAGAUCAAAGAAUGCAUAGAGUCUGCUAUUGAAGGGAUGUUUCUUCUAGCUCAGAUGUACAUCGACUCUCUUGUUGGUAAGAGAUCCAUUGCCAGUGUCCGGAGGGCACUAGAGGGUUUGAAGACAUACCCAAAAGAAAGAAUUGAUAGAGUAGAUGUUCUAAGCAAAGCCUAUCACAAGGCGAUGGAACGAAUACAGCAACAAAAAGGCGAUUUGCCCACAGACGCAAUGACCAUUCUUGCGUGGGUGGUAAAAUCCAAGAAACCACUUCCACUCGGCAUACUUCGCUUAAUACUCGCAAUUGACACUAGAAAAUGUAUGAUAGAUGAAGAUAAUUUCCCAACUGCUAGUCAUAUCACUCAAGCUUGCGCGCCGCUUGUUGUGAUAGAAAGCGAAACUCAAGAGGCUCGACUAGCCCAUUACACUAUCCAAGAAUAUUUUGAAAGAUCAAAUAACAAUUGGAUGGAAAAAUCCCAGCAAUUGAUUGCUAAUACUUGCAUGUCAUAUCUUUCAUUUUCGACAAUUCGUUCUGUUUUCAAGAACGAAAAUGAUGAUGAAGGAAAUUUUCACAACUAUGCAACAGAAUUCUGGGCAUAUCAUACAGAAGCAGCUUUAUUAAUUCAAGGAUUAGAAAUCCAAAGAGUAGAGUCUUUCCUUCACAUCAGGAUGAACUCAGAUUUGUGGCACGAUUCCUUGAUGCAGAUAGACUUGGCACGCACCAACCUCUCUACACACGAAACGGAUGAUCUACUCCAAAUUUCGGAGCAAGUGGUCGAGUUGCAUGUCGCAGCCUGCUUAGGUCUAUCAGGCAUAGUGGCAGAGCUAAUCAACAAGGGAUGCGACCCCGAUGUUAGAGACAAGCGGAACAGAUCCCCUCUGUGGUGGGCAGCUUAUAACGGGCAUGCGGGUAUCGUCGAACUCUUACUAAGACAAAAGGUCAAUAUCGAAGUGAAAGACACUUUUUUCUACACGACGCCUUUGAAGCUAGCUGCAAAACGAGGGGCAUCAUCAAUUGUUAGAUUGCUGUUGGAUAAAGAUGCAGAUUUAGAACCCGGAAACAGGAACCAAGCAGGCAGUCCUGUCAUUGUUUCCAAGGAGGUUCGUUCGGCAUUGAUUUCAGUGGACGAGAUGUUUCAACCCCACAGCACUGAUACCUUUGAAGAAAAUUGGUGGUGCCUCAGUCCACUUGCACUGGCGGCAAAGGGAGGGCACGAAGAGGUCUCAGCAUUGCUUUUAACAGGGGGCGCGAAGACAGAGAUCAAAAGUGAUUAUGGACCGGAAAUACCACCAUUACAUGUCGCCGUAGAGGCCGAUCGAGAAAGUAUAGUUAAGCUAUUGCUCACACAUGGAGCAGAUGUGGAAAUGCGAGAUGGGGAGGGCUCGACAGCGUUGCAUAUCGCUUCAAUUUCUAGUCAGAUGAGUAUAAUCGAGCUUCUACUCUCAAAUGGUGCAGAUAUAAAGAGCCAAGAUAAAGCGGGUUUCACAGCAUUGCAUCUUGCUGCAUUGAACGACCGGGCGAACAUUGUCCAACUAUUUCUCUCGAACGGUGCAGAUGUCAGGGCCCAGGCUAAAAGGGGUGUGACAGCGUUGCAUGACACUGCAAUGUCUGAUGGAAAGCUGAGUACAGUCAACGCAUUGCUCGCAAACGGCGCAAGCAUAGACACCCAAGAUAAAUCCGGCUGCACAUCGUUACGUAUCGCUGCAGAAUCAAGUAGCGCCAAUGUGAUCGAACCAUUCCUCGCACAUGGCGCAGCCGUGGAUAUCCAAGACAAUUCGGGCUCGACAGCGUUGAGUAUCGCUGUAGGGGAUGAAAGCCUAGAUAUUGUUGAAGUCUUGCUUGCACAUGGAGCAGACGUGAACGUCCGAGACAAAGAAGGACGGACAGCGUUGCAUAUUGCUGCAUAUGGAAACUUCGACGAUAUCGCUGAACGAUUGCUCGCACAUGGUGCAGGCGUGGAUAUUCGAAAUGGAGACGGCCAGACAGCCUUGCACAUAGCUGUGAGCUAUUACGACUCGAGCGUGGUCGAAAUCUUGCUCGCAUAUGGAGCCGAUGUGAACAUCCCGGACAACGACGGACGGACAGCAUUACAUAUUGCGGCAAGCGUUACAUAUUGUGGCAAAAUCUGGCUAUACGAGUUUAGCCGCCAUGCUGCUUGA